AUAGUUUGAUUGAUUUGUCUAACUAAGCACUAACCAUGAAGUACCUGUUCGUUUGCGUCAGCCUUGCCCUCUUCGCCUACAUCAACGCCAGCCCCUAUGGCGGUCAUGGUGGAUACGGUGGUGGAUACGGCGGACAGGAGGUGGCCUACGAGUCGAUCCGUGGCGGAUAUGGCGGCUACAACCAAGGUGGAUACAAGCCCGAAUACCGUCCUCUGGUCGCCCGUGGUGAGCAGCCCCGUGCCGCCGCCGCCGCUGCUUCUGCCGCUGCUGCCGUGAACCAGGGAAGCUACCGCCAGUUCGUCGUUCCCAGCUACGAGGUCGAUGGUGGAUACAACGGCCCCAGCCACGGUGGCUAUGGACGCGGCGGAUACUAAUUCCGCUUGGUUUCAAAUCAAAUCGAAACCUAUCGACUGGCUGUUCAGUUUUCCGAGUGGCUGUCUUGACAGCGAAACUCAGAAAUCCGGCAAAUAAAAAAACGGAAAAUGAUGAACAACAA